AAAAGAGUAAAAGUAACCCCAACUUCACAUUAUUCCUUAAAUAAGGCUUUAAAUCUUCUACUUCUUCUUAUAAGUGGAUUUGGAAUUCAAUUCUUUCUUAAUUAUCUGUUGAUCACUUUUAACAAGAUUUCAUGGCUUCUUCCUCCAGCAGUAUUGAUGAAGAGGGAAUUGAGAAGCAAGAGGUAACCCCUUUGGAAAAGCAUGUUAUGUUCUUUGAUAUUAACAAAGAUGGUGUGAUUUACCCAUGGGAAACUUAUAAAGGCUUCAGGAAAAUUGGAAGUGGCGUUCUCCUCUCAACCGUUGCUUCAAUUUUCAUUAAUAUUGGUCUAAGUGGCAAAACUCGACCU